AUGGGAAUUGGUGCAGUGCUUGAACCGCUAGUUGUAAUUGUUCUCUUAUUUGGAGGAACAUGGAUCAAUCGUGUGGUGAACCCCUCGCGACAGUAUUCUCGGAAACCCGCGGAUCUUCGACGAGCUGCCUCGUCUGAUUCUCUAGAGUCUGGAUACUCGAGUCCCUCAACAAAAGAUGGGUUGCUUGGCUCUCGAUCCCACUCACCGUUGCCAGAUGAUGCAUGGCAUAAACGACAAGUGGGAUUGUUGUGGUUCAAGUUCGAGGUCACAUCACCUAAUACCAUCGUCUUUCAAGACCGCCUCCUGAGUCGUUUGUUGCGGAAGUUUCCUUUCCUGGUGGAGUGUUGGUAUUGGGCGUUAGUUUACUGGACAUACCAGCUCGGUCGUGCUUUUACCGCCGUGACUCUGAAAGAUGACACCGUCGACGUUGCCAGAAAACAUGCAUUACAGUUAAUCAACAUCGAGGCCAAAAUGGGUAUCUUCUGGGAGACCAUGAUCCAAAGAAGCUUCCUUCAACAUACCACAAGAAUGAUGUGGAUCAACUGGAUAUAUUCAUUCAUUCACAUCCCCGGUACAAUCGCGUUCCUCGUCUGGCUCUACUACUAUACCACUGUGCGCAACCGGGUCGACGAGACCCAGCCGGGGAAACCAAAGGGUGUUGUGAGCGGAUCGCCCGCUGGUCCUCUUCUAUAUCAGGCUCGUCGGCGGACAUUGGCUGUGUGCAACCUUCUUGCAUUCGUGGUCUUCACCCUGUGGCCAUGCAUGCCACCCCGGCUAUUGAGUGAUCCGGCUGCGGAGGGUCAGGAUGCAGAAUUGGGUCGCAGUUAUGGGUUUAUUGAUACCGUUCAUGGCGAGAGUGGAGCGGGUAGCGUAUGGACCGAGAACCGCUUCUGCAAUCAGUACGCGGCAAUGCCUUCAUUGCAUUUCGGUUAUUCCCUUAUGAUUGGUCUGACAAUCAUGACAAUCCCUUUGACACCGCAACAUAAACGCACCGUCCUCCGAUCUCGCCUGACCCGGUCCUUACGUCUGACUCUCCCCUCGUGGCGCCGUCUUGUAUGCCUCGCACUCGGUUUCCUCUAUCCGUUCACCAUUCUGGUCGCCAUCGUUGCCACUGCCAACCAUUUCAUUCUCGAUGCGGUUGCCGGAGCCCUCGUGUGCGCUCUAGGCUGGUACUUUAAUGCUGUGCUGCUCAACCUUCUGCCUCUGGAAGAUUACUUUCUUUGCCUUGUCCGCAUCCACAAGCCCGAGCCGUCCCUCAUGGACAUCCCCGGCGAGAGUCGCACUCCGAGUGAGAGCGGGUCGGAGUCUGGAACCCUAUAA